AUGGAAACGAGUGCGACUGCCUUAACCACACCCCUUUGUGACGCAACCGCGUCGGGCGGAGCACUUCCUGGUUGCCUGGCGCGCAUGUUGUGGUUGAUAUAUAGAUUGAUUUAUUUGUCUCAAAUGGUACAUUUUCUCCUGCGGCGGGACUGGAUCGGUCGGAUUCGGCUUGCUCUCACUCUCUUCGGACUCCCGUAUACCGUCUGCACUGCCGGAGUUAGAUCUGCUAUCACCUGCUCAUCCUCGCACCCUUUCAGGAGCAGCCAGCCCAUCAGUACCAGUUGCUCUAACUUCUACGCUACGAGUGUGGGGACAAUGCCAUCCUCAGCAGCGCCUCAUUUUAAAUCCAGAUGCCCCCUGUAUCCGGGGUCCAAAACCAAGCGCUUCCUUGUACCUGAUGACAAAGUGAGCUGGGGUCAGAACUGGCCGCAGUAUACUCCAGUCAGCUACACCGACCCUGCAGUACUAAAAAAGCCAGUAUGGGCCGAUCCUGAUAUUGGGUCUUUCUCUCCAAAGUUCAACACUGUAGAUGCUGGUGUGGAUAGGACAAGCUUCGACGGCAGCUACAAACUGGAAAAGGGCAAGCCACUAAAUCCUCGUGGACGCACAGGAGUGAUUGGUCGAGGUUUGCUGGGACGAUGGGGACCCAAUCACGCAGCAGAUCCCAUUGUCACCAGGUGGAAAGUCGAUGCCAAAGGAGCAAAGAUGUCUCACUCAGUGUCCAAGAAGCCGAUCCUUCAGUUUGUGGCCAUCAAGAGGAAAGACUGUGGGGAGUGGGCCGUCCCUGGGGGGAUGGUGGAUCCAGGGGAGCAGGUCUCUCUCACGCUGCAGCGCGAGUUUUCAGAAGAAGCGUUGAACUCGUUGGCAGUCCCACCACCAGAGAAAGCCAAAAUCAGUGAACGCAUCACCAAACUCUUCAAAUCUCCAGGGUUCCAGGUCUAUAAGGGCUAUGUAGAUGAUCCUAGAAACACUGAUAAUUCUUGGAUGGAAACUGUGGCUGUCAACUUCCAUGAUGAAUCAGGCAACAGUGUGAGCGAGCUGCCGCUGAAAGCUGGCGAUGACGCAGGACAAGUCCAGUGGGUUGAUGUUGACUCGUCCUUCCCGCUCUAUGCGAAUCAUUCCCACCUCCUGGAGCUGGUCGCCAAAGAGAGGAAAGCCCACUGGUAACGAAGGACGACAGAGUGACAUGACAAUGAAGGAAACAUUAAGAGGCUUGUUGCUCUCUGUGUGCUGGUGCAUUUAGAAUGCAUGAACCUAACCUUAUGCAAAUCUCCCCUCACUAAUUUAAACAUAAUAAUCACAACAGUAAAAGCGUGUUAUGCAUUUCAUUAGUUUGAACUCAUUAUACAAUGUACAGCAACACUUUAAGUGCAGUUUAAGAUUGAUAUAGCAGAAUGUAAUGUAUGAAUGAAGGUUGAAAGCUUUGCUGCUUGGAGGACAUGGCUCAGCUUGUAUUAGAGCUGCUGUCUGCAGAAAAAAAAAAAGAAGAAGAAGAGAGAUUUCAACUCAGCUGAACAUGAGACUCUAAAAUGCAACAUGCUGCUGAGUGGCACACCAUUAUUUUUAUUGGCACUAAUUAUGCUAAUUUAUUCAAUGUUAACAAGGAUCACAUUAACUCAGCGUGAUCAUGUAAGAACAAACACAAUGAGCGGCUGAACAUAACACAUACUACAUUAAUUUAAGUGUAAUGAGACGGGUCAAUCAAGACGGGUCAAGUCGACUGACUUUGAUCUUUAGAUGUGAAAAGAAUAUGAAGACGUGGAGCUCCACAGACAGGCCGGAGCUGGAGGACAAACAUGUUUUCAAGUGGUAACAGACGGUGGAAGCAAAGGCCAUUUCACACUUAACAGCCUGCCUUUUCCCAAACGUUCACAUCAGUACGUGUCAUCUCACUGCUGGGCGUACUUUGUGACAAAGCGGGAUGGAGAAUUACGCAUUAAAUGGCACAUAUCUGUUAGCAUUCAUGACACUUCUGUCAUCAAAAGGCAGCAACAACAGACAGCCAAGUCUUUGCAGCAAAACAUGUUUUUCUUCUGGCCGUAUUAACAGAUUUCAUAAGAUGUGAUAUGAAUAUUCCGUGUGCUAUAAAACUUGUGAGGAUGCCAGCUUCUGUAGGUACUUAAGGGAAAGGGAGAAAUAGAACCUCUUACAAGGAAAGCUUUAUUCAAUUAGGUUCUCAACAGUUUGUAGAGGUACCACAAAUCCUGUAAGCCCUUUUUAUUUGUUUACCACUUUAUUUGCUUAUCACAUCUUUUAUGGCAGUCAGUAUGUCCUCAGUUUGGAAAGCAGGCAGGAGACCCAGCAUGUAAGCGAAGCAAUGUACUGCUGUGGACGGACGCAGCAGCUAAAUGUAUUUUACCAACCUAAAAACAUCAAUAAUUUUAAGUGUAGGCUAUAUUUAGAAUAUUUACACAGCUUUACCUUGCCAUCAGACAACCUUGUUGGAGUUCAAGCAGGGUGAAUGGUUGUCUAGUUAUCUAUUCUCUUCAAAGCAACCAGACUCCUUUGACCAAAAACCAUAAUUUUACCUUGAAGAACAUGGAAGUUGCUGUUCUAUCGCUGCCUCAAACAAAAUAACAGAUCGAAGCAGUGGUAGAUCACUAAGUCCCAUAUCCUGCAAGGUAAAAUUACUAUUUGUGAUAUAUUAUAUAUGUUUGUUGGCUAUGAAGAAAGACUUAAAUUCCCACUCAAAAAGAGCCGUCUGACAGCAAGGUAAAGCAGUGAAAAUAUUGUAAAUAUGGUUUUAAAAUUAAAAAAAAAAUCCAAACUAUCCCUUAAGGUAUGAUACCAGCAGCUGUUUGUUGGGAGGUGCUUCUGUUUAAACACUAACAUACAGAAAUUACAUUACAAAGCAUAAUCCUAAUUUAAGUCACACCUAUGCAGAUGCACAUUCAGCUCUGAUAGACUUCCAGUACAAUCAGGCCACUUACCAGCUCCACUUAAGCAUUUAUAGUCAGAGCACUAAUAGCAUAUGUUGGUGCAGAAAGGGAGAUAAUUUCUAAGCGAGAAUUUGUAAGCCUGCUGAUCAGAAAACUCUCUAACCAUUGCCUUCAAAAGUACUUAUUGAUUUUCAUUUUUAUUCUGCCUAAUGUGAUUUUGGCUUGUGGUUAGUACAAGACAAAAACAGAUUAAUAAAUGGUAGGAUGAGUGCUCGAAUAAGUUUUAAUUUGUUUCAUUAUGAGUAAUGUUAUACAUAAGGCUUUGCUGACUGGACUGUCUGUAUAUGCUAUGAUAUUAAAAUGAAUGCAGAGAUGUACAAUUAUUAAACUCCAAAAAGUAGCUGA